CAGCAGCUGCGCACAGACAGGACAGCUGAGCUGAGCGACGGCUCAGCUCAUAAGUGCACGCAGGGGGGGUUUCAGAGUACCUGGAAACCCCCCCAGCCCACCGAUCUAUCGCACAACUUACCGAUACAUUUUUUUUUUUAUGGAGAUGGAGGAGCUCCGCAGGGUGUGUGUAGAACGCGGCAGCUGUCUCCACAUAUUUUCUGAGCGCUGGAGGCUGCCUGAAUGACCAGUAGAGGGAGCUCCUCUCAGGAAGUUCCCUUGGGGAGAGCUGGUUAGGCUGUACGGAUGUGAGGCUCCACGGAGUGGCACGGACUGCAGAAGCCAAAAGUUUCCCACUUAUGUCCCAGAAGAAAAUGUGCACAUGCCAGUCUAUGGGAAAGGGGAUAGAGAUGUACCAUCUUAAGGAUUACUGGGAUGCAAGUGAUGUGCAGUCUGCUCUGGACAGACGUAAGAAGGAGUAUGAACAUAUCAAGAGGAGGGAACAAAGGCAAAAUGUUUUAAUAGCACCUCCAAACUCCCCAUUAAGCUAUCCCAUGUAUGGAGUGCAAGUAAUGCCACUUAGGACAAUCCGGCUGCCAGGUCUGAAAAUUGAUGUAACUCUUCAAAAUUACAAGGUGACACUUCAAGCAUCUCUGGGAACCUUUGACUUUACAGUAAAUAUGACUGCAGUGGCUGGGUGGCAGGUUUAUGGCAGAGGAGAAAACAGUCUGACUAUAUCUACCAGUAACCUCAAUAUAUUAAAUAGAAUUCUCAGUUCCAUUUCUUACACCAGCACUGUUUAUGAUAUUGACAGCACAGAUAUUGUGAUGUUUUCUAUGGGCAAACACUUAGCUAAGAUCCCAGUUUCAAUCCAUCAACCACCAAUAGUCCGUUUACAUGACCCCGGACCAGAUAGAAAAAUUAGCUCCAUGGUUACAAUCACCACCAAGACUUUUCUGCGCUAUGACAAACUGCGGGAGUUAUUAAAAAGUAUACAUCUGUAUUAUCCUGAUAUAAAGGUUAUUGUGGCUGAUGACAAUCAAGAGCCUGAGAAAAUUGGGGAGCCAAAUGUGGAACAAUACAUUAUGCCGUAUGCAAAGGGCUGGUUUGCAGGCAGAAACCUUGCUGUGUCACAGGUGACCACCAAAUAUUUUCUCUGGGUUGAUGAUGACUUUCUCUUUACCAGUGACACUAAAAUUGAAAAACUGUUGGAUGUUCUAGAGAAUACUGAUCUGGAUCUGGUAGGAGGCAGUGUUGCAGGUAACCAUUUCAGCUUUAAGCUCUUUUUGGAGGAAGGUGGGGAAGAAGGGGACUGUUUACAUUGGAGAGGAGGCAGCUACAAUGUAAUCCCAGGCUUUCCUAACUGUGUUGUGACCGGUGGAGUGGUAAACUUUUUCCUGGCUCACACAAACAGAAUUCUAGGUGUUGGAUUUGACCCCAAACUAGACCGAGUGGCACAUACUGAAUUUUUCAUAGAUGCUUUUGGCCGUCUGAGAAUUGGUUCUUGUAGUCACGUUACUGUUGGACACCAGCCAAAGGAAAAACAAACAGAUCCAAACGAAAUGGAACAAGCCAAAAAGUAUAAUUCUUUCAGACAAAAUACCGCAGAACAAGUGCGAAUGAAACUUGGACUACAUUUCUUCAAGAAUCGGUUGAGCUGUUUUACAAAGCACUAAGCUUUAUAUACUGUAGAAUGAGAGAUGGAAGGCUGUAGUAAGCCUGAGAAAGUUAAGUUAGGGUGGAUGGUGACUUUUUAUUUUGGAUACUCUGGUCCUUUAAGGCUGCAGGGUUGGUGAUUGGCACGUGUCGGUAUCCUAUCUGUGUAUUAGGGGUGGGGUGACUCUUUUAACCCCUCCCCCCAUUUUUUAUUAUUUUGUGUUUGUCUGUUUCUGUUUGCUAGUGGAGGAAAAUACUGACAGUGUUAUUUCUGCUGAAGUUUGUAUACUGUCUGUCUCUUUCCAUUCAUUGACUAGCCACCUUACUUGAAUAAUGCUUACAUUUGAUAAAACUUUGUUGAUAAAAUGUGAUUAAUUUGAAAUGUCUACAUUGUUGUCAGUUAAUUUAUUUAAAGUUUUUGUUGAAUCAUAUUAAGUGAGGCACCAGGUACCAUCAUCAGCCUUUAGGGCAUUUAUGAACUUCUUGUCACAUUGUAUUAUAUACCCAAAUUACUACCAACUGUAACUGAAUAUUGUUCUCCUAUCCUGAUUUCAACCUGAGAGUUGACAAUGAGAACCUUGGUGACAAAGAUCAUCUUUUCUAUUUUCAUUAUUUACAAAUUUCUAAACCUAGCCUUCAUGGUUACCUGGGUAAUGGUAGUAUAAAAUCUCAAUUUUGUACUAGCCAAUUUUGAAGGUUAUUAUAACAUGAUUACAUACAUGUUUUUGUAAUAAAUUAUUAUUUGUGCCUCUUA